AUGAGGAACCGGUCUGAGCGAGAACAGACAAUGAAUAAACUCGCUCAAGUGCGCUACAGGGAGCGAAAGAAGGCCAAGGCAGCCGAGCUGCAGGCGGCGAUCCAGGCGCUGUCUGAGCGCAUGCAGGAGCUGACGACAGCGCAGCACAGGAAUGCUGAGCUGCGCAGGCGCAACGCCGAGCUGCAGCAGGCGCUGACUCAGCAGGUCUUGCUGCUGAAAGAUGGCAUGAAGGGCAUGUCAGGUCUAUCUAACGACAAGCAGGAGGCAAGCUGCAGGAGCGAGUACGCCACAAGGCUGGAUGCUAUCAUGCAGCACAGGAGCAAGCUGAAUGCAGAAGCGCUUGGAAUAUUUAGCUCGCAGAUGAGCGUUUGUAGCAAGGCUGACAAGGGAUUCUUUGAGAGAGCCAGCUCCCUCUCAUUACUAAGGGACAUAAUCAGGAAGCUCCGGGCAAACUUCCGGUUCUUGCUCCACUUCAGACCUCACAGCUACUGGUUGCCUUGUUCCCUAUGCAGUGCGAUUGUCUGCUGCUGCUGCAUGCCCUUCUAAAGGCUCCCUGUUAGGGUGUACAAUAGCUGGCAUAUUUUGUGUACUACCAGACUGUACAGUCCAAAAUCGAUCACAAACAUUGGCAGUGAAUAACAACAUCUCUGUUGAUGAUGGACAACAUUGUUAAGAUCCUGCUCAGC